AUGUCGCUCCCUUAUGAUUCACGUCAAAGUCGUUUUACUUCGUAUCUUAAUUUUCAAAAAUUUAUUGAUACUAAAAAAGUUCUUUGUAAAUGUGGUAAAAUUAUUUCUCUUGGUAAUACUUAUCAAAUUUCCAAUUUUCAAAGACAUUUCCAAAGUAAUAAUUGUACAUAUCGUACAAAUAAUCAACCAAGCAUAAAUGUCUUUUUUUCAAAAAGUAAACCAGGAGGAAAUAAAGAUAAUGGUGAAAAAAAUGAUAGUGAAGAAAAUAGAAAACGAUGUACUUUUAUGUGUCAGGGUCUCUGUGAUUUAGAAUAUAUUAAUUAUAUUAUUAAUAGUCCUGCUAGUUUUGGUAGUGGCAAAAGGCCUGAAAUUGUAGCAAACAACAUUUUUCAGAAAAAUUUCCAGAAAAUACCUCUUUUACUAGAAAAAAACUUAGUAAAAAAGAGCGAGAAGAAUUUGAAAGAGAAUUAA